CCCAAGCCUGUCUUGAUUCUACUUUUUCUGCUUCUUCCCAGAGAUGCUUCGGCUACUGCAAAACCACAAUAUGUGGUGUUGGUCCCAUCACGACUGUAUGCUGGGAUUCCUGAAAAGGCCUGUGUCAACCUCAAUCAUCUGAAUGAGUCAGUGACACUCAACGUAAUUCUGGAGUAUGAAACACAAAGCAGAAACCUCCUCACAGACCUGGUGGUGGAGAAGAACUCCUUCUACUGCAGCCCUUUCACUAUCCCAGAGAUGCCAUCUUCCUCAGUAUUCAUUACUGUGCAGGUAAAGGGGCCAACCCACCAUUUCAUAAAGCGGAAACCAAUGAACAUAAUACAAGUAGAAAACCCAGUCUUUGUCCAGACAGACAAACCCAUAUACAAACCAGGACAAACAGUGAGAUUCCGCAUUGUCUCCAUGGAUGUGAAUUUUCACCCAUUGAAUGAAACGUUCCCAGUUGUUCACAUUGAGAAUCCCAAAAGGAGUCGAAUUUUCCAAUGGCAAAAUCUUAAACUGCAAGGAGGACUCAGCCAGCUCUCUUUCCCACUGUCAGUGGAACCCAUUCUGGGUUCCUACAAGCUCAUAGUGAUGAAGGAGUCAGGGAAAAGAAUAGAGCACUCCUUUGAAGUGAAUGAAUACGUUUUGCCCAAAUUUGAGGUCCAAGUAAAAAUGCCCAAGACUAUUGCUUUUCUAGAGGAAGAAUUUGAGGUAUCCGUCUGUGGCUUAUACACAUAUGGAAAGACUGUCCCUGGUCUCAUAAGAAUUAAUGCAUGCAGAAGAUAUUCACGAUACCGUUCUGUCUGUCAUGGAAAAUAUUCCCAAAACAUCUGUGAAGAAUUCAGCCAACAGGCAGACAACAAAGGAUGUUUCACACAACUCAUAAAAACUAAAAUAUUUCAGCUAAGGCAAAGAGGUUAUGACAUGAAAAUACAAGUGGAAGCCACAGUCAGAGAGGAGGGAACAGGGUUGGAACUAACUGGUUAUGGAUCAUCUGAAAUCACAAAUACCCUAAGCAGACUGAGAUUUACUAAAGUGGAUUCACAUUACAGACAUGGACUCCCGUUCUUUGGACAGGUUCUUCUCCUUGAUGAGAAGGAUGAUCCAAUCCCCAAUAAAGUUGUCAGGGUUGACAUGGCUGGAUACCAUUCCAAUUUUACGACUAAUGAACAUGGGUUGGCAGAAAUUUCCAUUGAUACCACCAACUUCACAUUUUCUUUCACAGCAGUCACAGUUACUUACAAGCUGAAUAACAUGUGUUUUGACAAUUGGUGGCUCGAUGAAUAUCAUUCACAAGCACAGCAUUCUAUAAAUCGUCUUUUUUCUCCAAGCAAGAGCUAUGUUCAUCUUGAACUUGUUCAUGGUAUUUUGACUUGUGGGCAAACCCAGGCGAUUCGGGCAUAUUACAUCUUGAAUGAGCAGAUCCUGAAGGAUGAAAAAGAGUUGACCUUCUAUUAUUUGCUCAAAGCAAGAGGAAGCAUCUUCAGAUCAGGAAUCCAUGUGUUGUCCAUUGAACAAGGAAACAUGAAAGGGGUGUUCUCCUUCACCUUUCAAGUGGAAUCAGACAUUGCUCCUACUGCUGAGUUACUCAUUUAUACUAUUUUACCUGAUGGAGAAAUUGUUGCAGACACUCAGAAACUUGACAUUGAAAACUGUUUUGCCAACAAGGUUCACUUGGUUUUUUCAUCAGCACAAAGUCUGCCAGCCUCGGACACCCAUCUGCAGGUCACAGCCACGCCUAAGUCUCUUUGUGCCCUCCGUGCAAUAGAUCAGAGUAUGCUGCUAAUAAAGCCUGAAGCUGAGCUCUCACCACAGUCAGUCUAUAAUUUGUUACCAGUAAAGGCUCACUUUAGGGAUCAAUUUGGAGGUCAACUGAAUGAAGAUGGCGAAAAAUGCAUCAAUGCAGAAGAAAUAAUUCACAAUGGAAUCAUAUACACACCAAAGCAGGACCUGAGGGAUGAUUAUGUUUACAGUGUUUUUGAGUCUAUAGGAUUAAAUAUUUUUACCAAUGCAAAAGUCAAUAAGCCACUUUUUUGUCAACCGCCUGUGCCACAUAGAGGGCUGAUUCCAGGCUAUGGAGCAGGAGAAUAUGGAAUAGGAGCAGCUCCACAACCCUUACCUAUAGCUUCAAAUGCUCCAGGAAGGAUUUACCCAGUGAUACCCAGAGAAGAAGAUCAGGCCAUGCAAGUGAGAGAGACAGUCCGGAAGUACUUCCCUGAGACCUGGAUCUGGGACUUGGUGGUACUCAAUUCGUCAGGUGAAAGUGAGUUAGCAGUGAAGGUCCCUGACUCCAUCACGGAGUGGAAGGCCAGCGCACUCUGCUUGUCUGGAACCAUGGGCCUUGGCCUUUCCCCCAUAAUCUCUCUUCAAGUCUUCCAGCCCUUCUUCUUGGAACUCACUCUCCCAUACUCUGUGGUGCGAGGAGAAGCCUUCACCCUCAAAGCCACUGUGUUCAACUAUUUGUCCCACUGCAUUCGGGUCAGUGUGCAGCUGGAGGUCUCUUCUGCCUUCCUGGUCAUCCCAGUAAAGGAAAAUGAAGAAUCUCAUUGUGUCUGUGGAAAUGGGAGGAAAACCCUGUCCUGGGCUGUGACCCCAAACUCUCUGGGGAAGGUGAAUUUCACAGCUACUGUGGAAGCCCUGCAGUCUCAGGAGUUGUGUGGCAAUGAGGUGACUGAAACCCCAGAACUUCUACAAAAGGAUACUGUAGUAAAGCCCUUAAUAGUUGAGCCAGAAGGAAUAGAAAAGGAAGAAACUUUCAACACACUGUUGUGUGUAUCAGAUACCGGGUUGCCAGAAAAGUUGUCACUGAAAGUUCCUCCAAACGUGGUUGAAGGAUCUGCCAGGGCAACAUAUUCAGUUUUGGGUGAUAUACUAGGCUCUGCAAUGCAAAACCUCCAGAAUCUCCUCCAGAUGCCUUAUGGCUGCGGAGAACAGAAUAUGGUCCUUUUUGUCCCUAACAUCUAUGUCCUGAACUAUCUAAAUGAAACACAACAGCUGACAGAGAAGAUCAAGUCCAAAGCCAUCAGCUACCUCAUCAAUGGAUAUCAAAGACAGUUGAAUUAUAAGCAUGCUGAUGGUUCAUACAGCACCUUUGGAGAUCGUGAUGGUAGAACUCCGGGAAACACUUGGCUCACUGCAUUUGUACUCAAGUCGUUUGCUCAAGCUCAGUCACACAUCUUUGUGGAGAGUGCAUACAUCAUGAAUGCUCUCACCUGGCUCUCACAGAGGCAAACGGAAAGUGGUUGUUUUCAGCGUUCUGGAUCACUGUUAAACAAUGCCAUGAAGGGUGGGGUGGAUGAUGAAGUGACACUCUCUGCAUACAUCACCAUUGCCCUGCUGGAGAUGCCACUGCCUGUCACUCACAGCAUUGUCCGCAAUGCUCUCUUCUGCCUGGAAAUGGCCUGGGACUCCAUCUCAAAGACCCAAGAAAGUCAUGUCUAUACCAAGGCAUUAUUGGCCUAUGCCUUUGCCCUGGCAAGGAACCAGGCCAAGCGAAGUGUGCUGCUUGAAUCACUAGGCAGAGAGGCUAUAAAAGAAGAGGACUCAAUCCACUGGCAACGUCCUAGGAACGUUCAGGAAACUACAACAUUCUAUUUUCAACCCCGGGCUCCUUCCGCUGAAGUGGAGAUGACAAGUUAUGUGCUCCUGGCCUAUCUUACUGGCCUGCCUACCCCAUCUUCAGAGGACCUGUCUGUGGCAUCACGUAUUGUGAAAUGGAUCAUCAAGCAACAAAACCCCAAUGGAGGCUUCUCCUCCACUCAGGAUACAGUGGUAGCUCUCCAAGCCCUCUCCAAAUAUGGUGCAGCAACUUUCACUAAAAGUAAGACAGCAGCUUUGGUCACCAUCAAAUCUUCUGAGACCUUCUCUCAAGAAUUCCAUAUAGAUGAUACCAACCGCUUACUGCUGCAGGAGGUGGGAUUGCCAGAAAUUCCAGGAGACUACAGCACCACAGUGUCAGGAUCAGGAUGUGUGUACCUCCAGACAUCCCUAAGAUACAACAUCCUCCCCAAGAAAGAAGGGAAAGCACACUUCACUCUGCAGAUUGAUACGCUUCCCAAAAAUUGUGAUGGAAUAGAUGCUCAGAAGAAAUUCCACAUUCACAUCAACAUUAGUUACACUGGGGAACGACCCAGCUCCAACAUGGUCAUUGUUGAUGUGAAGAUGGUAUCAGGCUUCAUACCUAUGAAAGCAUCGGUGAAAAAGCUUCAAAGUCAGCUUAGCAUUCAGAGGACUGAAGUGAGCAACAAUCACGUUCUAGUCUACUUUGAAAAACUAACAAAGCAAAUCCUGAGUUUCUCCUUCUUGGUGGAACAAGACAUUCAAGUAAAGAAUUUAAAACCAGCUAUAGUAAAAGCUUAUGAUUAUUAUGAAACAGAUGAAUUCACCAUUGGAGAAUACAGUGCCCCCUGCAGUGCUGAAUCUAAGCAAGGAAAUGCUUAA